AUUGUAUUCAGUUCUAAAGAUCUCUAAUUUCUUAUGAUUAUUUCAAGACAUUUAGACAGCAAUUUAGCAUGACUUUUAUCACAAACUUUAUUGCAAUUGAAAAUUUAUGUUUCAAACAUCUCCCUUAAUCAUUAUUAUGCCUUGUUUUAGAGUACCAGCAAGAAGAUACGAGUUCUUUCUCCUAAUAUUUUUUGCCCUUGAUGAAAUCAACAUGAAUCUUUAUCUUUUACCCAACAUGUCUUUGGGAAUCAACUUUUAUCCUAAUAUGUGUGAAGAUAUAUUGAGAAUUUAUGAUAAAUUGUAUUCAGAAAGAGACCAUCAUUUUGCAUUUGCUAAUUAUAACUGUUUAUUAGGAGAAUACUGUUGCAUAGACCUUACAGGACCAUCAUGGAAAACAUCCUUAAAAUUGUCAACUAACUCUAGGAUACCAAUGGUUUUCUUUGGACCACUUAAUCCUAACCUGAGUGACCAUGUCCAGUUUCCUUAUAUCUAUCAGGUAGCCACCAAGGACACACAUUUGUCACAUGCCAUAGUCUCCUUGAUGCUUCAUUUUAAAUGGACUUGGGUAGGACUGGUCAUCUCAGAUGAUGACCAGGGUAUUCAUUUUCAAUCAGAUUUGAGAGAAGAAAUGCAAAGACAUGGAAUCUGUUUAGCUUUUGUUAAUAUGAUCCCAGAAACUAUGCAGAUGUACAUGACAAGGACCAAGGUAUAUGAUAAACAAAUUAUGACAUCUUCAGCAAAGGUUUUUAUCAUUUAUGGUGAAAUAAACUCUACCUUAGAAGUCAGCUUCAGAAGAUGGGAAGAUUUAGGUGCACGGAGAAUCUGGAUCACAACCUCACAAUGGGAUGUUAUCACAAAUAAAAAAGAUUUCAGCCUUGAUUUCUUUCAUGGGACUAUCACUUUUGAACAGCACCACAGUGAGAUUGCUAAAUUUAGGAAUUUUAAGCAAACAAUGAAAACUCACAUAUAUCCAAUAGAUAUUUCUCAGUCUAUACGGGGGUGGAAUUAUUUUAAUUGUUCAACCUCAAAGAACAGCUAUAGCAAAAUGAACUAUUUUACAUUCAACAACACAUUGGAAUGGACAGCACUGCACAAAUUUGACAUGGCUAUGAGUGAAGAAGGUUACAAUUUGUACAAUGCUGUGUAUGCUGUGGCCCACACCUACAAUGAACUCAUACUUCAACAAGUAGAAUCACAGCAAAAGGCAGUACCCAUAGGAAUAUUCAUUGACUGUCAGAAAAAUAGUAGACUGAGAACUCUACAUGAAGAAGAGGGGCAGAAAGAGGGCUGGAAGGCAGAGGAGGGACAUGUGCUCCUGUGUCCUAGCGAUCUGUCCUGGGACCUGGCCAAAGAAAGGGAGUCACAAAUACAGAAUUCUGGCACCAAAGAAGGAGGUAUGCUGCUGCUGUUUUAA